AUGUCACAUUCGGAAAAUAACAGCGAAAAAUCCGAGCCGCACCAACGCACCGUCUCCGCUACCAAACGCUUCGGUGGCGACUCCUCCCACGGCGGUCGAAACCCUUUCAACGCUAUAUCGCCCUUGACACCCGGUGGUUUAGCGUCACCCACAACUGGGGGCUCUUCUGCGUUUGGGCUCGGCUCAGGCGCGUUCGCCUCCUUUGGAUCUGCGGGAAAGGCGCCCAAAACGCCUGGCACUGCUUUCGACUUCAAAGCAGCCGCCAUGUCGUCGCCCACGCCCGCGACACCUUCUGAUAAAAAGGACAAGCCCGUGAGCAAGGUCGUCAAUAGCAUACGCAAAGAAUCGAUAUCCACAACCUCAAUACCAGACAACACAGCGAGUCCCUCUGCGCCGCCAGAUUUCAAUGCGCCGUGGCCGCUCAAAUACACAUGGGCGGUAUGGUACCGUCCGCCUACGGCCAAGAACGUAGACUACGAGAAGUCGAUUGUGCCCCUCUGUAAAUUCAGUACGGCGCAAGAGUUCUGGAAGGUCUUCUCCCAUCUUAAGCGUCCUUCGAGUCUCCCCUCCGUUUCCGAUUACCACGUGUUCAAGCAAGGCAUCCGGCCGGUAUGGGAGGACGAUGAGAACAAGCGAGGUGGCAAGUGGAUCAUGCGCCUGAAAAAGGGCGUGGCUGACCGCUACUGGGAGGACCUGCUACUAGCACUCGUUGGAGAUCAGUUCCUGGAUGCCGGGGAGGAGUUCUGCGGCUUCGUCUUGAGUGUCCGGAGCGGCGAAGAUGUCUUCAGCAUCUGGACUAAGAGCGAUGGUGUGAAGAAUGUCAAGAUUCGGGAUACAAUAAGGCGGGUCCUCAAACUGCCGGAGGGGACCAACAUAGUAUGGCGCAGUCACGACGACAGCAUCGCCCAAAGAUCGGCCAUCGAUCAAGCCCGCCAUGAGAAGAGCCAGCAUGAAAAACGCAGAGUAGUGUCUACGGAUGAGUCACGUGAGAAGCCGACUGCUGGUUCCUAG